GCUUUAAAAGAGGAGCAAAGCCAACUAGGUCUGCAAGAGGAAAGUCAAGAGAAGUCUUGUAUCAUGAACUAGAAAGUUAAAUACUGACAAAAAAUAAGGAUUGCACGCUGAUAUAUUGGAGGAAGUUGAAGAUGGGGCGGAAAAAGAUUCAGAUUACAAGGAUUAUGGAUGAACGUAACAGGCAGGUGACGUUCACAAAGAGAAAAUUUGGAUUAAUGAAGAAAGCCUAUGAACUGAGUGUACUGUGUGACUGUGAGAUUGCUUUGAUAAUAUUCAACAGUUCAAACAAAUUGUUUCAGUAUGCUAGCACUGACAUGGACAAAGUUUUACUCAAGUACACAGAGUAUAAUGAACCCCAUGAAAGCAGAACCAAUUCUGAUAUUGUUGAGACCUUAAGAAAGAAAGGACAUAAUGACUGUGAUAGCCCAGACCCAGAUGAUUCUUUUGAGCACAGUCCGCUCAUGGAGGACAAAUACAGAAAGCUUAAUGAAGAUAAUGAUGUAAUGUUCAAGCGCUAUGGUGCACUUAACAAGAAAGAACACAGAGGUUGCGACAGUCCAGAGCCUGACUCAUCAUACGUGCUCACCCCACACACAGAGGAAAAAUAUAAAAAAAUAAAUGAAGAGUUUGAUAACAUGAUGAGGAAUCACAAACUCGCACCUGGUUUGCCGCCGCAAAACUUUGCAAUGCCAGUUGCAGUUCCAGUGAGCAACCCAAAUAAUCUAACCUACAGCCACCCAAGCAGCUCUCUUGUAACUCAUUCAUUGGUAACCACAUCUCUAACAGAUACCAGCAUGCUUUCGCCUCCUCAAGCUACACUGCCCAGAAACGUUGUGUCACCAGGGGCUCCGCAGAGACCACCCAGUGCUGGUAGUGCAGGUGGAAUGAUGGGUGACCUUACAAUGCCGAAUGGUGCAGGCACCAGCCCUGUGGGAAAUGGUUUUGUUAACCCUCGUGCUUCGCCUGGCCUGCUGUGCUCCACAGGUGGGAAUGGAUUAGGAAAAGUGAUGCCCACAAAAUCACCACCUCCUCCUGGUGGAAAUGUUGCAAUGAAUAAUCGCAAGCCAGACCUACGUGUGGUCAUUCCACCAACAAGCAAGGGCAUGAUGCCACCUCUGAAUGUACAGAGGAUAAGCAGUUCACAGUCAACACAGGCUCUUGCAACUCCAGUAGUGUCUGUUACUACUCCAAGUCUACCACCACAUGGUCUGUUGUACUCCACUUACAACACUGAUUAUUCACUAACCAGCGCUGACUUGUCUACACUAUCAGGAUUCAGCUCGCCAGGGACAUUGUCAUUAGGGCCAGUGUCUGCUUGGCAGCAACAUCAUCUUGGACCAGCUACCCUCAGCUCACUAAUAGUUAACAGUCAAUCACUUCAGGGUUCGAACCUCUCAACCAACACCAACCAGAAUGUCAACAUUAAAUCGGAACCAACCUCACCCCCUCGAGACCGGAUGACGCCUUCAGGUUUCCCUCAGCAGUCCCGACAUGACACGGGACGUUCGCCCGUUGAUAGCCUGAGCAGCUCCAGCAGCUCGUACGAUGGAAGUGACCGCGAGGACCCUCGGGGUGACUUUCACUCUCCCAUUGGACUCGCAAGACCAUCCACAGAUGAUCGAGAAAGCCCAUCCGUAAAACGUAUGCGGAUGGACACAUGGGUGACAUAAAGCCCCCUUUUGGCUGCCGUUUUGUAGUAUCUCUUUUGUUACAAGAGAAUUGUCCUUACAUAUCUAAGACAAGGACAUGGAAAAUGUAUAAGUUAAUCAGGUACUCUACAGUGCAAAUUAAUUGUAUAUUUGCAGGUGUCCCACAUUUAAAUUUUAGUCACUGUCCCAGUCUGGCACUUAUUUGUAUUAGCUGUUAUCUUAUACUGGUUUGCAAAAAAAAAUAAAUUUAUAUUCAACCCUACCGUGCUUGCAAAAACAAGACAGUUGGUUGUCAAUUCAGACAGUGUCCUGUGUGCGUGUAUAAAAAUGGUGUGGCUAGUUAAACUUUCUGCUUUGUAGCAUUGAAGCUGUAGAAAGAAACAAGAGAGCAAUACUGUACAUAAAAUAAAUCUAUGAUAUUGAACCUGGCAUGGGUCUCCGUCUCUUGAAGAAGUGUUAUAAAUUGCACGGUAUGGAGCUGAGGUGAGCAGUUCUUGCAUGUGCAAAAACAGGUUGUAAAAGUGGCAACACAAUUUAUUAAGUACGUUGGAAACAUGCGUUAAGUACCUGCAUGAGAAAUGAGGAGACUGUUGGUGAAUAUAGCAUUAAGAGAAACUUAAUAUAUUAAGUUAUAAUUGGAAUUUAGUUAAAGCUCUUUUAUGUUGAUGUCUGAAAUCCAAAUUUGAUUCAGAUCACUUAUAUAUUUUUAUUAAAAGAAAACAUAAUACCCCUACUUAUUAUUGACUAUAUAGAACUGUAUAAUUUUAAACACAUUCAGCUAUGAAAUUAUUUAUGUAUGCCAAAGUUGCAUGUUGAUGCUCUCUAUAGAUAUGGUUUUAUCUUGUUACCUUGGCUUAGAUUUUGCUUUUUUAAAAUGCAGGCUAAACCUUUAAAAGCCAUGAACACUUGCUAACCUAUAUGUAAAGAGAAUUUGAGCCAAAUGUUUGUGUAUAUAGCAUCUUAACUAUAUCACCUUUGGUGUUAGUGUACAACGUAUUGUACGUCCAACAGAUUAAAGUAUAUUUUUGUGGAUUAUCACCAACUUGACAGGGCAAGAUCCUUAUGAGUAGAGUAUCCACUGGUUAUUACUAUUUUGUUUAAUAUGCUGUACUUCCUUGGGUUUUAAUUAUUAUAUAUGGCAUUUGCAAAAAGUAGUAAAAGUUUUAUUUUCCUCAAUGGCAGUGAAUGUGUACAAUAAUUGUUAUUUCUGUGCUGUAUGGUAAUGCUUUACUAUACAUAUAAAAAGCAGAUCCUAAAUCCUGAUGUUAUAUUUGUCAUGCACAAACCUGAAAGCAAGUUCCUUAUAUUGUAGACUGUUGUGGAUGGAAUUUCACUGCUUUAUUCAAUUACACUUUUCUGAUAUAAGCUGCCUUUUGUGAUAAUUCACUGACAGUAGACACUUGUGGUUCUUAAUAAAAACCUGCAGGGGAAUAGUGCAGGUGAGUACCUUUUGAGAGUAAUACAUGUAAAAGUUUUCUUUUAUAUAUUUAAAAAAAGGAUUGUUCAGUGGUGAGUGCAAUAGAUUUGACAAUCAAUGGGGAAGGCCUGAGUGCACACUUGUAGAAAUAGAGCAAUAGAGUAAGGUUUUUACCCCUUGAAUGGACUGACUUGAUGACUCCCAAAUGAGCCAAGGCUAAUGGCACCAAAGGGAACCAAAACCUGUCAUUUUACAGCUAAUUCAGGCAUUUAUAGUUUAGUGAAUAUGUACUUAAAAAUAUAUUAAAUGGAGACGUGCAGUUUGCAAACAGGUUCUAAUGACAUCACUGUCAGAACUGGUCCUAUUAUUCUGCUGUCUGUUCUCCAUUAUAAAACCAUCUCCAAAAGACUUGAGAAAAACUUUCAAGGGUAUGACGUUGUGCUUAAUAAACUUCUGCUAAUAGAUUGCCAGUUAUUAAUGUAAAAUGGCAACUUGGCUUUGGCAGUUUUGUAUAGAGUCAUUGCUACACACAUGAGGUCAUUUGUGCCACUGAAUCCAUACCGGUCAAUAUCUACCAACAUAUAGUAGUAAAAAUGUUGUAGCUGAAUUGACGUGUUGCUUGGUUUAUAACAGACUCCAUUCCUUUUUUUAUAAAAAAGAGUGAAGCAGAAUGUGUGUAAGCAUGACAGGCUAUCAAGGUUCAUGCUGUUUUCAUCAGUUCUACCGAAGCUGGAUUUAGAAAAAUUGUUUUGUGUGACUUGUGUUCUGACAAAAUGUACUCAUGAUAUGACCAUUACUGCUUUUUAGCAAUAAAUAUAGGCAUAAUAUUCAUUAUUUGAUUCUUUUUAAGAGGGAAAUCUAAUGUUUAGUUUAGAUAAUUUUUGUAGAUAACAAUUUUCAAGUUUCCCUAAAAUAUUUUGGCUAAGGUGUGUUUGAAGCUGAUUUUUUUUCUGUUUGAACCUCCAAUAGAAUUACACACACAAAAUAGUGUGAUAUUUUUCAUCUUAACAUGUUUCUGCCCACCCUUUUUGUUCCUACAUACAUUAAUUGGUUGAAAAUGUGUUCAAAGAUAAAUGAAGUAAGGCUAAUGCUACUGAGGCAAUGGUAGGAAUUUUAAUUUGCUCACUCACUGCUGAACAGACCUCUUUUAAGCUGCAGAAAGCAGCUGAGUUGUGUAAUCUGCAGGAAUGAAAAGAAAUAGGCUUUAUUGAAUUAUGCAUGUUAGAGGAAAUUUUCUGUACAUUUGGUAGGAAGUUUGCUUCACAUUUACUGUGUCUCCUUGUGUGCAAUUUGCCUUGCGUGAUGGCAUCAUUUACCUUUUUGUUCACAAAUGAUAACCAGUGCCCGACAUAAUGGGCAUUAAUGUUGCAUAAUUGUGUCAGUGGCAUGCAUGGUUUAAUAGAAGAAUUAUAUUGCUAUUGGUUGAUAGCUUUGUCUACAUUAAGAAAUAUUUACUAGUUUAAUUAUCAGUCUUUUUAAAGAGAACUUAUUUAAAUAUAUCAUUUCCUUCACUACUUAAUACAAUUUCCCAUGUAGCAGACAUUCAAAAAGCUUUAGUUGGAUAUACGACCAGGUUGGAAUGGGGUCUCCUUUACAAGCCAGUGCAAUGCAGGUAUGUGGGCAGCUUUGAGGAAGGGAUCACCUAAAUGAAGGGAAAUACUCUAUCGAAAGACUAUGUCAGUUCUGUUGAUGAUGGCCACUGUCCCUUUUUCAAAAAAAAAACACAAAACGUAAAAGCUGGGCAUUUCCCACAUAACACCUUUAAGGAUUCUGAGCUAAGAUAGUAGCAAACCACAGCUACUGGAAGAUAUAGUAAAUAACUUGCAGCUAGAUCCAAACGUGUUUUGGCAUAACUUGCCAUCUAAUUGUUGUGAGGAGAGGAAAUCCUUUAAUCUCGGAAAAUAGGUUCUGCAGCAAAUUCAAAGCCAAGUUUUCUGCCCAUUCUUGAUCCUCUAGGUUUCGAGUUUAUUUUUUUAUUUAAUAGAUAUUUAUCUAUUAGAACUAUUAUUUGGAAACACCCAUGUUAGGUUCUGAAAUUAUAGCACACAUUUUGCACUGUUUGCAAGUCUUUGAACUUUUGGAGUUCGCUGUUUAUCUAUUGGUUUUUUAAAAAGUCACAUGAUGGAUUUCCUGAGGAAAGUAAAACUUUGUACCAUUAGCUGACCUUUUGAGAUGGAUUUUGCAAGAAGACAGUAGGAAAUGAAAGCAUUGUUUAAUUAACUUCUCUAGAUGCAUGUGACAGACAAUUUGUUAAUGUAUUCUAAACAACAACAGGUCUACAGCUGAAUACUGUAGAGGUUUUUACCUGUGAUGUGAGUUACAGCAGUUGUUUUAGAAGUAUAAAGAUCCAGUAGCACUGAAGUGCAUGCGGCAUGCAGAAGUCCCCUAAGAUGGCUUUUCAGUUCAUUGAGAGAACACUUUGAAUUUGAGUCUACAUAUUGAACACACAGUUCCUGGUAUAACCUGGGAUUUCAAUAACAAUGUGUUACUGCCAACCAUUACAUUUUAAUUUAGGCUCGUCAUUUUUUAUUCAAUUGUGUAAAAUAUUAAUACUGUGGGCAGUAAGAAAGUACUAAUCACUCUCAGGGUAAAUUUUAAAUAACAUUUAUUUACCAUCAGCUUCAAUGGUGUCAUAAUCCCUUGGGGUUAAUGGAAAUUUAAAUAGCAUGUACUAAUGUUAGGCACCUAAUAUGAAGGAGUAAAUAAAAAAAAAACACCAUUACUUUAGAGUUACAGUUACUGAUGUACUGGGCCUAUUAUGCUUCAAAUAUUUCACAAAACUAAAAAAGUGUAAAUGGCAUAAUUUGGGUUAAUGCAGCCCAGAGCAAUUCCUAUAUGCAGUGCUUAUCUAUGGAAUCCAGGAAUAUAUGAAGGCGAUGUUUAUUUGCACACAAGAGACAGUAGACUAGAACUCAAACUUCCUGUCUCUGGACACUGUUUAUGGAAAACUAAACAAAGUAUGCGAAGAGAAAGGGAAGAGACACAUUUUCUUUUGCACAGACUUUCUACCCUCUGCUGUGCAAGACACUGCUUUGCAAAAUAUUUAAAAUGGCUUUUAUAAAAACUGAUGUACCUGUAUUUGGUAAUUGUUUGUUACUUGUAGAAAUCACCGGAGCUGUUCACGGUUUAAACUUUAAGCCUGUUGGCAGCACAAGCUGGACUUUGUUGCCAUCAUUGAAACAAAUAUUGAUGAGACUUUAAGUUAACCUGCAAUUUCCCUGAAUGUGUUGUUUUUUUCUUCAUUAUACAAAAAUAAGUGAACUUUUUAUCGGAUGAUAACAAUUAUGCUAGAGAUUGUUGUAAAAAUUUGUACCCUGCACUCACUUAAGUAAAGAUAUUGGCUUUUACUGUG